AUGUUCGCAGAUGAAAAUUAUAGGCUGCAAAUAAUUGGCGAGGUUCUAAAGGACCAAGACAGCACGAAGCUGAUGCUAUCGUUGCUGCAGGAGCUUCAGCCGAAGGUGAGGAAAUCGGUGCAAGUAAAAAAUAAAACCAAGAUGUGGAAGAUUAUAGAGGAGAGAAUGGCGUUUGAGGGCUAUAAUUUUUCAAGCGUACAGAUUGAAAACAAGUUUCGCGGCCUGGAGGGACAAUUUAAAAAGCGAUGCUGCAUAAUAGGCGAACGGGCAGCAACAGGGAAACUUGUCCUUAUCAAAGUGAGUUGAAUGAUAUUUUGGGGAAAAGGCAUUCAGUAAACCCCAGUUAUUCCUUGCAAAGUACAGACGUAACCGAGCCUUAUUUGUCCGAGAGCGCUUCCGACUUGGAUCAAACAAUGCAAGGUAGUGCUUUUUGGUAAC